UGGACCCACUCUCCCUACCCCCAUGGCUUCAUCAGUUGACCCAUCACAGUCUUCUAACGGAGAGCCUGGGUCCAAUCUGCUUACUCCUGAGCAGCUUGUCAAGCUGGUCAGUGGUGUUCUAAGUGAGAAACUUGUACAGGAAAUUGGUGGCAUGUUUCAAUUCAACAUUGUUGGUGAAAAUGGAGGAACAUGGUAUUUAGAUCUGAAGAGUGGACAUGGAAAAAUAUAUACCGAGAAUCCGGGCGAUAACCCCAAUGUGGUGCUCACCAUGGGGGUGCAGGAUAUGCAGCAGAUAUUUUAUGGACAGACAACAGCUUUUGAUGCUUACAUGCAAGGCUCUUUGAAAGUUGAUGGUGAUUUAAGGAUGGCCAUGAGUUUGGAGGCUAUUGUUAAAAUGCUCAAGGAAAAACCAGUUGUUCCUGAAAAACCAGUUUUGCAAGGAAAUGGAGUAUAUGUGGUUUAAACGCUUAACUUUUUUUAUUUACUGAAAGUUCCCCUGUUCGUUUUAAAGCCUUCCAUUCAUUUUUUUUUCAUUGCUUGGGAAGAGUUCAUGUUGCCUGACUUUGACUUGUGUAUUGACUUGUAUAUUUAACUUUUCUCAAUAGUUGCUAUUGGAAACCACUGACCAAUCAUAAUUGAUCUAAUAGCUCUUUUCCAGUCCCUCUGAACUUUGAGGAUAGGCAAACUCA